AUGAGGAAGAAGAUGACUUGGGUGUUGGUGUUUCUCCUGCCUCUCGUCGUGUCAGCCCAGUACGAAGGAGACACUGGAUUAAUAAUCCCGGAGCACGGCUUCUGCCAGCCCAUCUCCAUCCCGCUGUGCACGGACAUCGCCUACAACCAAACCAUCAUGCCCAACCUGGUGGGCCAUUACAACCAGGAGGACGCGGGGCUCGAGGUUCACCAGUUCUACCCCCUCGUGAAGGUCCAGUGCUCGCCCGAGCUCAAGUUCUUCCUGUGCUCCAUGUACGCGCCGGUGUGCACAGUCCUGGAGAAAGCCAUCCCGCCCUGCAGGUCCAUCUGCGAGAGCGCCAAGCAGGGCUGCGAGGCGCUCAUGAACAAGUUCGGCUUCCAGUGGCCAGAGCGUCUGCGCUGCGAGAACUUCCCUGUGCACGGGGACGGGCACAUCUGCGUGGGGCAGAACCAGUCGUCUGCGGCCACUGUGCCCCCCAUCAAGGCGCCCUCGGGGCCCCAGGACCACCCCGUGGUGUCCACGUUUGACAGGCCGUUCCGCUGCCCGCCUGUUCUGACGGUUCCUCCGUAUCUGAAUUACAAGUUUCUGGAGGAGAAGGACUGCGCGGCUCCCUGUGAGGCAGCAAGGAGCGGUGGGAGCCUCUUCUUCUCCGACAGAGAGGUUCGGUUCUCCCGCAUAUGGAUCCUGGUGUGGUCUGUCCUUUGUUGCGCGUCCACGCUGUUCACGGUGACCACUUAUUUGAUCGACAUGCAGCGCUUCAGAUACCCUGAGCGGCCCAUCAUCUUCCUGUCCGGCUGCUACACCAUGGUCUCCAUCGCCUACAUAACCGGCUAUUUUCUUGGGGACAGGGUGGUGUGCAACGACGGCUUCAGCCCCGACAGAUACAAAACCAUCAUCCAAGGCACCAAAAAAGAAGGCUGCACCAUCCUCUUCAUGAUGUUGUACUUCUUCAGCAUGGCCAGCUCCAUUUGGUGGGUCAUCCUGUCUCUCACCUGGUUCCUGGCAGCAGGUAUGAAGUGGGGUCACGAGGCCAUCGAAGCCAACUCUCAGUACUUCCACCUGGCUGCGUGGGCAGUCCCAGCUGUGAAGACCAUCAGCAUCCUGGCCAUGGGACAGAUCGAAGGGGAUGUGCUCAGCGGCGUCUGCUAUGUCAGUAACCUGGACCCCCUGCGGGGCUUUGUACUGGCCCCUCUCUUCAUCUACCUUUUCACUGGCACCUCGUUCCUACUGGCCGGUUUUGUGUCACUGUUCAGAAUCCGCACCAUUAUGAAACACGACGGCACCAAGACGGAGAAACUAGAGCGGCUGAUGGUCCGAAUAGGGAUUUUCAGUGUGCUCUACACCGUCCCUGCCACCAUUGUUAUCGCCUGUUUCUUCUACGAGCAGGCCUUCCGGCCCCACUGGGAGCGAAGCUGGGUCAGCCAUAACUGCAGGGGCCUGGGGAUCCCCUGCCCCACACAGACUGUGCUCCACAUGACCCCGGACUUCACCGUGUUCAUGAUAAAGUAUCUAAUGACACUGAUUGUAGGAAUCACAUCUGGUUUCUGGAUCUGGUCUGGAAAGACUCUGCAGUCUUGGCACAAGUUCUACGCAAAGCUGACGAACAGCGGACACGAAGAGACCACGGUGUAGAAUUAAAGGACAUUUAAAUGUGGGUAAUAAUGUUUUUCAUUUGUAAUGUUUUAUUUGUCUCAGCUUCAUAGAAACACACACGCGACAGAAUGAGACGAGACAAGCCCGACUGAAUUUAACCUAAAGGUAUCCACUGCCAUCCAUCCGUUGUCUUUACCCGCUUCUUGACUUUGGGUCGCCGGUGCCAGUGUCCACUGCAUAUUAUAAAACAUAAAGUAGGUUAUCGUGAACCAUCUGAAAUGAUGCAGCUUAAAGGAGUUUUCAACCUAAGCUGCUGUUUUCCCGAUAUAUUGAAAUGCGAUUUUGAAACGCGGGUACGCACUCGGUGUAAACAAAGCACUUGGCUGAAAACCCCACGGAAGUUUGAGUCACAUAACUGACCAACAUUCAGCCUGUGUAAUAACUCAACCGGUGGAGUCCGACAGUUUUAAAAUCGAUGCAAACAGAAAGAGAAUCAGCUACGCAAAAUCAGAAUUAAAAAACGAACAACUGUUAAGAAUAAAUAUUGGGUGGCAAACGGUGAAGAUGAAGCUUUUACAAAUCUUCUGCUAAACUAGUCAUUUCACUAUUUCAACCUACUUUUAAAGCAUAAAAAACUUUACCAACACGUUGAAGUUGGUCCCAAGUCUAUUUCCUGCUUCCAUAAGUAAACAUUUGCACGUGGUAGGUGGCAGACGUUUGUAAAGUUUACUAAAACUAAAAUAAUUUUUAAUGUAAGAGCUCAUUAACCAUCAAUAUGACGAAAAAAUGUUUUAAGAAUACCUUUUAAAGAGCAAAUAAUGAUUUUGAUUCUUUUUUUUAAACGAACUCCAAACAAGUAAAGGCCAGAGACACGUUCACGUUCUUUUUUUGUU